UCUGUUAGGGACGAGUUGCUGAGCUGAGUAUCAGUCACAAAGACUUGGGAAAAUUAUGGAAACUUUUCACUGCUGUUAAAGCAAGAUACAUGGACAGACUGCAAUGGUUGCUAACAGAUAGUAGAUAUGUAUUUGGUUGCAUAGCAGGAAGGAAGGUUGUUAUUCUGGUUGAUGUCUCUAGCUCAAUGAGAGUCCACCAGUCACACCUGAAGGAUCAACUAAAGACACUACUGAGAGAGCAACUGGCAAAAAAGCGAAUCAGUUUUUUCAAUAUUAUUGCAUUUUCGACUGAUGUUACAUCCUGGCAAACAAGCCUUGUUCCCAAUACCUCAAGGCAGAGAUCUGAGGCUGAAGGAUGGAUACAGAAACUUAUAUUUGGAGGUUGCAGUAAUCUAGAUGAAGCAAUAACAUGUUCACUGAAACAAAAAGGACAAGAAAUUUAUUUAAUCAGUGAUGGAGAUACAGACCAUACUUCUACUUAUCUCAUGUCACAAGUCAAAGAACUAAAGAAAGCCUUUCCAUUCAAUUGGCACAUAAACAGCAUAGCAUAUCAGACAACUAGGAAUGAGUCCCUAUGCUUUUUGCAAACUAUAGCAAAGGAGACUAAAGGAAGGUAUCAUUUUUAUUCAAGUGAAAGGCAAUUAGACAAGUCGACUGUACUAGAAAAAUCUAAAGCAUUAUACUUGGAGAGACAACUGGGAGAUGAUGUUAAAGGCCUAGCAGAUGAGAUUGCACUAGCUGAUUAUUCCAUCAAACAAUCACUUUACUACUUAGGGAGAUACAGCUAAUGGAUAUGUACAGUCAAGAUGUUUGUUGUUAUAUUUUUGUUGUAGUAUAUAUACACAAUGUACAUUUGGAGUUACUUUUUCACAUAAUCUAAUUCAUAUUAUAACAAGAAAUGAGAGUUGAGAAGUUAAUGAUAAUUAAUGUUUAUUUGAAAGUAUCUACAUAUUUAAUCAAA